GCUGAUAAACUUUCAGAUCCCUGAGGGCACAUCAACAUCUCUUCCACAUCAAAGGAUAUGUAUUCCUGCCUCUUAGAAAUGUUUCCCUAAUGGGAAAAGUAACAAUUUGGGUUUCUCAAAGAAUUCCCUGCUCUUAGCUCAGACAGAUAUAGCUACACUUAUUAAUUCUAAGACUCCCAUUUCCUAUUCUCUGUGCCAGGGAGAGUCAUGGUUACAAAUGAGAUAUUGCUUGUUGGGAUACACUAGAGAAAGCAACCAAAGUCAUCUCAGUGUCAAUGGAUGGUACAAACAACUCUGUGGUAACUGAAUUUGUGAUGCUGGAGCUGGCAACAUCUUGGAAGAUGAAGAUUUUCCUCUUCUUGUUUUUCUUUUCAUUCUAUGUGGGAAUUGUGCUGGGAAACCUCUUCAUUGUGUUCACUGUGAUUUUUGACUCUCAUCUUCACUCCCCUAUGUACUUCUUGCUGGCCAACCUUUCUCUCACUGACUUUGGUCUGUCUUCUACAACAAUCCCACGAAUGGUCCUUGACAUUUUCAGUGAACGUAAGGUCAUUUCCUUCCAGGGGUGCAUGAUUCAGAUGUUUUUUAUCCAUUUCAUAGGAGGAACUGAACUAGUCUUGUUGAUAGCCAUGGCUUAUGACAGAUAUGCAGCCAUCUGUAAGCCUCUCCAUUACCUGAUUAUUAUGAACCGCAAAGCAUGCAUUCGUUUUACAGCUAUUGCCUGGGUGAUAGGGAUGCUCCAUUCUGUAUCUCAGUUUGUGCUUGUUAUAGAUUUGCCUUUCUGUGGUCCUAACAAGCUUGGAAGUUUUUAUUGUGAUUUCCCCCAGGUUGCAAAACUUGCCUGCAGAGAUACUUCCAAGGUGGUCUAUGGGGUUACUAUAAAUAGUGGGAUUGUCACUAUGGGAACCUUCUUCCUUCUAAUAAUCUCCUAUAUUAUAAUUCUGGUCACUGUCAGACAUCACUCUUCAGCUGGUUUGUCCAAAGCUUUUUCCACCCUCUCAGCUCACCUCUCUGUGGUAUUCUUGUUUUUUGCUCCUUGUUUCUUUGUCUAUGUAUGGCAAGUUCCUACAUUAUCUUUGGAUAAAUUUUUGCUCAUUUUUAUCUUUCUUAUAACUCCACUCUUGAAUCCUAUUAUAUAUACAUUUAGGAAUAAGGAUAUGAAGAUGGCAGUAAAAAGAUUAAUCAAGAAUAUUGUUGGUUCUAAGGAGUAGUAUUCAUGACAGAUUUUGUUGAUCAAGAUCAAGAGAUGAUUUAGGAUCUUCUUGAGUAGCCCUUAAAGCAUUGAAUGAUAUGCUAGAUCACCAUAAAUUUAAUUAUAAAUUUAUUUAUAAUAGAUUUGUAGAUACUAUUUAUGGAUGACUGUUGAGUUAUAUCUUCAACUUCUACCUAUUCCUUGAUUCUGCAGAGAUGAGAAUUGUAACCCCAAGCUGUGAAAUCCAUUUUUUAAGUUUCCAUAGAUUGACUAUUUGAAUAUGAUUAUAUUUGGACAACACUGAACUUGGUAAUAAAAAAUUUAAGAAAUAUUUUUCAUGGAAAUUCCAUGCUUACUUAAAGUGCCC